AUGGAGAACUACAUCUCUUCAGGAAUGCUGGAGGCGCUAGGCGUCUCCCACACAUCUUCCCAAUCUCGUCAGUUGCUGGCCAUUGCGAAACCAGACCAGCGUAUUGCGGCCCUUGGCAUACCGGCCUUCAGAGCGAUCCGCCAUGCGAAUAGGCCCACAGACGCACUGAAACAGUUUGCCAACGUGAGCUUCAACGUCUUCGGCUUGCCUCCGCCUCCUCAGGACGGAACCGUCGUGUGGCAAUCAGAAGUGUUCCUCGGUGUGGCGUUCCAGAGAGACGCAGCGGCGUUGAGGCUCGCGGAGGACUUCGCUGGAAACCCGGCACUUGAAGGUGUGCCUGUACUGGCAAGUGCGAUGAAAGGAUAUGAGUUCAACUUUGAUUCAGGGAAGUUAGCGGAUGGAAAGCGGGAAGAUAGGAAGAAAGAUGAGUUGUGA